GCACCGAAACAAUAGGUCACUCACACUCAAAAAGUAGUUCUGUGGUACCAAUCACAAAAACAAAAACAAAAGCUGCUUCAUAUGAGAAUCUGAACUCUUCAUAUACAUUUCCUGGCGCAAGGAAACAUCAAAAAACGUCGUCGCCUUCGUCUUCGUCUGCAUCACUUCCACCACUACUACACCACCAACAACAACAAAUCUUCGAUACUCUAUUUGCGCAACAGCAAGAGCCUGUUCACCUUACAAACAAUACUACUACUACUGGUGAUUUCAAUCACGAAAAAAGAAAACUGGCACGACGUGAGAUGCUUACAAAGUUCUCACUCUGGCUAAGUCUAAAUAAAUUCAGAAAAUCGAAAAACGAGGCUACCAAAUCUUCAGAAAACACUAUUGUAGAAGAAGAAGUUCAUAAAGCGUCAUCUUUAGAUAAUCAUACAGAGGGAACAUCUUCGUCAGGAGUAUUGUUGCUACCCAAGACCACCUUGGUGCAUUCUCCCUGGGAUAAUAAUAAUAACAACACCGGUGUAAAGCAAAAUUUGCAAAAAAAUCAACAGCAACCAAAUAAUUUAACAAUCCAAAGUCUGGAACUUUCGAUUUCAUCGCAGACGUUAUCCCAGGAAAACGACGACGAAUCACAAUUCUCCACUCUGAAAUCGACGACUGCUGCCACCACAAUGGAGUCGAUAAUAAAUAAAAAACAACAUGAACACGAUGAUUAUUUUGGAAUAGAUGUUGAUGUAACUUCAUCUUCAUCACCGCCAAAUCAACGGCAAUCACCACUUCCACGAGACUCGAUAGCAAAAUCCUCGGAAUACUCUUCGGAGCGAACAGACGAUGAUACAAUAAAAAAUGUGUCUGGGACAAUAAGAUCGCAUACCGCUUCAAUGUUUAUAACAUCGUCGUCGUUAUCAAAAUCAUCAACAUUGAAAUCGAAACCAACAACACUAGAAAUCCCGAAAAUAAAAAAUUCAAAUGCGAAUUUAAAUUCACAACCGAAUAUUCCUCGCCGUAAAGAAUCAUUGGUGAAACGGAAGGGAAAUUCUAAAAAUGCAGCAAAAAUUCGAAUAGAUACAAAUUUGGGGGGUAUCAAUGAGGGUGUAACAAUAACCACGGCAAAUGAAACUAGUGAACUUUCAAAACAUGACAAAUUCCCAUUAAAAUUAUUUACCAAAAAAUUAGUUCAGAGUUUACGUCCGUCACAUUCUUCUGCUGUACACGACGAGAAAAGCCAAAAAUCAACUCUCAGUGCAUCUCACGAUAUUCUAAAGGAAUCGACUCCUGCUGACGUUGAUGCCAAAUCAUCAUCUCCUACAUUAGACAUUGGAAUACUUGAAAGUGUUGGAUCUGACAUUUUGAAUCUUAAGGACGAUGGAAUGGAGGGUGACGUAUCAGCUACACAAUCUCAAGCUCAAGAAUCUAGCUUAUAUACAACAUCUGAAUUUGACGCAUCAUCUCAUCAUAAUAAACCGUUAUCGCGGAUGUCUUCUUUUGCAAAAUCAUUUAAUUCCGAAGAUCCCUCGGCACUAAGCACAACUUUUUCUGAUUCGCAAAUUGCCGAGUCAGAAAUAUCACGAACAGAUUGGCCAGUAGAAUCCGCGUGGGAUACAUUAGCAAUUGCCGAAUCAGAUAAAGGAAAGGCACGUUUAUCCAACAAUCACCUCGCCCACAUCCCCAAUAAUUACUUUGAAGGACUUCAUAAUCUAAAAGAACUUUACCUUGAUCGAAAUUCACUACGUGAGCUUCCCGAAGAACUUUUAAAACUGACCAAGUUAGAGAUACUCGAUCUAAGUAAUAAUUGCAUCUCGGACUUCCAUCCACGAUUAAAAGUAAAACGACUACGAAAUUUACGACGAUUGAAUCUCGAUAAUAAUGGACUAUCGGAUAUCACAAGUUUGACGAGGCUGAAAACGUUACGUCAACUACGUGUAAAUAAUAAUUAUUUGGACAAUUUGACACCUGAUAUUGGUAGAUUAGUGAAAUUGAAAUUAUUAUAUUUGAACAAUAACGAUCUGACGUUUUUACCUGAUGCGAUUGGACGAUUACGUGGCCUCAUUGUACUUCGACUAAAUAACAAUCAUAUUCUCAAUUUACCAGCGUCUAUUUGCGUACUACGACAGUUGCAAGUACUGGAAUUACGUGGAAAUUUAUUGUCACAAUUACCAGAGAACAUUAAACACUUAGAAAAUCUUACGCAAUUAGAUAUUUCAGAGAAUAAGUUGUCGCAAUUACCAAAUGACAUUACAAGGUGCACGAAACUCGUGAAACUAGACGCGCAUAGUAAUCUCUUGGAAUCAAUUCCACUGAAAAUCGGACAAUUAUCGCGUCUAGUAAACUUUAACCUUUCCGACAAUCGAUUAUCCACACUUCCAGCCGAUAUAGGAAAACUGACAUCACUUAUUGAUCUAGAUGUAUCACAUAAUCGACUUGUAAUGUUACCUGAGGAGCUUGGCAAACUAGUGAAACUGACCGAGAUCAAAUUAAAUGAUAAUCCGUCGUUGCUCGCCAUACCAGAGUCACUUAAAAAAUUAUUACUGGUCAAAAAAAUUCACUUGCAGAAUUGUAGCCUCAGUCAACUUUCGUUUGAACUCGGGUUAGCAUAUAAAAAAUUGUCAUUUUUAGAUUUAUCGUUCAAUGCAUUUGACGCGAUCCCGAAACUCGACGGACUCGAUAAAUUGGUGAUUUUGAAAAUUUCCAAUAAUCGUAUAUCGGAUCUCACAGAACAAAUCGAACAGCUGGAAAAAUUACGCGAGUUGUAUGCUUCCGGGAAUAGGUUGAAACGUAUUCCAAGAACGAUCGGACGUCUGAAAAAUUUGGAAAUUUUGGAAAUUUCCGAUAAUUUACUUGCAGAGCUUCCGUUAUCGAUUGGCGAUUGUCAGGCGUUACGCGAGAUUCGAUUGAUGGGGAAUAGUUCUUUGGUGAAUUUACCGACAACACUUGGUCGGUUGAAUUUGUUGAAUGUUUUUCAUGUUGGUGAAUGGCCCGCUUUUGGAUACACCAUCACACAGGAUGACACUCGAACUAGCAACGCAAAUAAUAUUAAAAUUAGCCCCUAUCAACAAAAAGUUCCACAGCACGUUGAACGAACAUUAUUAUGGCGAAUGCACGAUUCAAUAUUAAAGCGACUACGUGAACUUGAUAACGAUUUCAUGUCGGAAUUGACAGGUGGUACUGAAUCAUUAAACGCAUCACAACAAGACGUCACGAAUAGUCAUCCCCCGUCGCCAAUACCCUCGCAAUCCAAUCUACCGGUCACCUUUCCACAACGAGACGACAUGAUUUUAAAGAUGGCCGUGCUAAAAGGUGUCUACGAUCAGAUAAUAAGAGAUAUGCGGACGCUUGAGUCUGAUAAAGAGUCGAGCGGUGACGAUGCGACAGAAUUCCCAGGCGAGGGUGGAAAAAAGAAAAAAUUUAAGAAAUUAAAAGACUUUAGAUUCUUGAAUCGGGGCGAAAAAUAA